UUAGGUGACUUCCCCUGAUCAAAGUUUAACUAAUCAUAUCUAUACAUGCAUUAUCUUUUUCACCUGUUUACUUUCUUUUAAGACCUAAAUGACUGUGUUUAUGAGGAUACUUGGACAUUUUAAUGCAUAUGUGCAUUUAAGGCCAAUAAAGCAGCAAAAAUGCUCACAAGCUCAAUGAGCAGUGAAUGCACGCUUGAACGCUCCUCUCACUGAGUGCGUUUACAUGCACAGAAUAAGUGGAUAAUUAUUAAAAAUCUGCUAAUUAUAGAAAACUGUUCAUGCGUUUACAUGCAUAUCAAUAAACCGGUUAUGCAGGCAACUGCACAUGGGACUUGGAGAAUUGUCAGGUUUCUUGCAGGCAGUGACAUCACCGCCUAUAGUACACAAUAGUUGUACAAAAAGCCGACAGCAUAUCUGUCUAAAGCUAUACUGUUGUUUCUCUUCUUGGGUCUGCAGAACCUGUAAAUGUAACAUGAGCUUUUAUUUUCGUGGUUUCUCUGCCCACUGCUUUAGUCAAGCGGAGACUUUCAUGCGUUACUUUGCACUUACCUCCGCAUGUGACGUUUAUCUUUCACAUGCGGAGACAUGCGCACAUGGAUAAAACCGUGAGAAAGAUGGUUAAGGUGUAUACAUGCCACGCAAAAUCAGGGUAGUAAGCAAAAAAUUACCAGUGCUGAUCGGUUUUUGCUUACGCUGUUUUUUUCCCAGAUAAAAGAAAAAAAUCGUUUUACGCGUUUACAUGACCCCAGGUGUUAUCAGUUUAUUAAGCAUAAUCGGCGAAAGACUGCAUAUAACACACUUAUUGAGAAACUGAGUGUGCGCAUAGCGUUGUUGUUUGUUUCAAUCGCUUAAAAUGAUUAGUUUUAAAACUAACUUUUUUUUUGUUCGCUGUUUUUUUAGUGCAAGAUCUGGCAACACUGGGCAGCAAAUGUUGUGCCUCUGUCAUUUUCUACACCGCCAUACAGAAGACUUUUUCCCCUUCUAGUAAUUAAUGUUUUUCAGAAGAGAGACCUAUCAUGUCCAUGAUGCACGUUUAAACACUCUAUAGUUGUUCAGUUCAUUUAUGUAACUUACACACUAUGCAGAGUUUCUGUAAAUGCGGUUGUCACUACCUGCAAUUUGCGGGAGUUAAUUCGGUUGUAGAAUGCACAAAGGCGUAAGGCUGCGUGUAAAUGCACUUACUGAGAAAUGCACUUACCAUUCACAAAGCAGACAGCCACGCAUCUUCUAAUCGCAGACGUUUUUUCCACAUAUUUUUUUAUUCAAAUAUUUUCACAUUCAAAUUUUUUUUUUUAACUAUUCGAAUAUGUAUUCGAAUUUAGAAUAUUCGUUGACAGCCCUUCCGUGCACACAGCUGCGUCACGCGUUAGUACGUAACUUCGACAGAGAAUCUCUCAGAUGAUAGGCCAAAAUCUCUACAGGUUGACACAUUUGUACCGAUUUAAUCUACCUACCGGUUUACCGCCCACCCUUAGCAUGAACCACUUGAGCGUAUGGUCAAUCACAAAUCUGUUGCUAAAAAAGCUGCAAACAGUGGAUGGUCUCGCACUUGCACAUUCCGUUUCACAAGCAUUGUUUUUAAAGAGUUUCCGUGUCUCAUUCUAGCUCCUUAGGGAUGAUCACUGCACCCGCAGAUUAAUGACAUAUUUCAUAUUCAUUCAAAGAUCAUUGCUUAUGAUGUGUAAACUUUAGAGGAGAUGUGCAAUUGCAGGGCUCCAGACUAACUUUUUUCCACUAGGAGCAGAGUGGCCCCUAACUGAAAAUUUUAGAGGCACAACCAGAAAAUUUAGGGGCACACACUGUAAAUCAACAUGCUAACCAAAUAUUCACAUUUCUACUAAUUUCCACUGUAUUACUAAUAAAUACUUUAAUGAUAGAUGCAGAAAGUACAAUGUGCUUUUUCAAAUUCAGUGUCACAUCACAAAAAAGGUCAAAUUUACUGGUCGCACAUGUGCGACUGGAUGUAAAAAUCAGUGGCACAUUCUCAAAUUUUGGUGGCAAAAUGCCACUAUUUGGUGGCAGUCUGGAGCCCUGAAUUGUGUCUCAUAGUGUGAUCGGUUAAAAUAAACUUGGCGAAAGAGCAAUGAAAACAAUAAUUUUAUGUGGAGUGUCUGUUUACUUUGCAAAGAGUCCUUCAAAGGGGGCACAAAUGGCACUGGAAUUCACCCAUGUAUAUUGUGUACAGUUGCUUGGGCCGUAAGGACUCUCUAUAUAUUAGGAUACUUUUAUUUUCCGUUGAGGUGACUAUUAAAAACACGUUUUGAGCAAUCACCACAGAUAUUUAUAUGCAUCACGGGGAAUAAACAUCUCUCAGACUUAAUUUUUUGUAAAUUCUGGUUAAAUUACAACAUAAAACAGAAUAAUUAAGUGUUUUAUGUAGUACUGACAAGAAGUUUUUCCUGAGGCUUAUUUAAUAUUCUUACUGGAUUUAUACAUUAUCAACUGAAAUUAAGACAAAAAUUAUGAUAGAAAUUAAGGCCAAAUUGUCCAGCCCUAAAUUAAAUGCAUAUCUUAUUUUGCAAUGAGCUUUUUAUCAGGAAUUUUAAGGGUUUCACACAGUAUAUUGAUUUAAGGGGUUUUAUAAUUGCACUUAAACUGUUCUGACCCCUGACUUUUGUUAUUAAUACAUUUAGAUUAAAAAGGUUUCUGCUGUCUGCUGAUUGUAAUGUUGAAUAUAAUUGUCUCUGCCCUUGUUAUGGAGCAUUACAAUGACAGCCAAAGUGGCUCUGGAUUUCUUGCAUGGCGGAUCAAAACAAUUCAGAGAACAACGAAACGUGGGUGCAAAAGCUCGAAAAUGCUGAUAGCAGGUGGAGGUGGUCCAAGGCAGGAGAGGAAGCUGCCCCAGAUUGGUGAUAAUUUGGACGAUGAACGUUGUAAAGAGAUAAUAUCCUUGAUGAACCACCAGUGACAGAGAAAUUAUCCUGCAGAAGAUGAGGGAGACCUUCAAUUAUAGACAGCGCCUCAUCCAUGACCCUGAAGAGUCAAACAAUACUUUCAGUGUUUCCAAGGCUGCUGGACACUAAAGGGCUGAUAGCUCAAGAUUUUAGCCUCAUCUUUGGUCCAGAAGUUGCAUCCAAACUGCUUGAGAAGUGGCACACAUUCUAUAAAAUAAAGGUGAUAAGAGAAGCAGAGAACCUUACUACCACCCCAGUGCUGCAAAGUUUGCUGAAGUCUGCCAGGAAUCAAUGCAGUGAUGAAUUAUCUGAGGAUCACCCAGAGUGGGACAGUGAUAUGGCAACUGUUCUGCUACUCCUGCAUAUUCUGCCACAUCAAACCUCUAAAAAGAACACAAAGAGGAUCAGUGCAGCUCAGGCUUUGGACCGAGUAGUUGUGUUUCACAUGUCAUGCAGGAGCUUAGAAGAACACUUGGAGAACCAAGAGGGGCAUCAGCAACCAUACCUUCUUGCUUCUGGAACCUGCAAGCAGGCCAUCAGCACUUACUACAUUGUGAUUGACAAGAAGCUCAUUCCAUGCCAGGAAACGACAUCAUUGGCAGCCUUUGAUGAACUAUUUAAAGCACACUUCGUUUUCAGUGUAAGCUAUGACGACGCUCUCAGCAACAUGUACACAUUCCUUCAGACAUCAGUCUAUAAUAUUGAUGUUGACUCCACUAAAGAAAGUCCAAAGGUAAGGGAAUUGAGAGCCAAGUUCUUAAACAAUGUAUAAGUGUUACAUUUGCAGUUCGUUGCACGAUGCACCUGGUGCAUUAAUUCAGCACCUCAAGCUUUUUCAUGGAUUAUAUCCUGGUAAGAAAUUUGUUAUUGUUUGUGUUCAGGACGGAUGUUCACUGCAGUUUAAAAGUUUUAGAGGUUUUAGAAAACAUUUAAUUAGUUAUCAUAACACUAAUGACAUUAGCACAAGCAGUGCUGUUGAUAUGCAAACAGCACAUCAGUCAGACUUUGGUGAACAGAGCUUACAAGAUGCAUCUGAAAUGGACUUAGAUGGGAUUCAUCAACAUUCAUCUCAUAUGUCAAGCAGUGCUGUUGAUAUGCAAACAGCACAUCAGUCAGACUUUGGUGAACAGAGCUUACAAGAUGUAUCUGAAAUGGACUUAGAUGGGAUUAAUCAACCUUUAUCUCUUAUGUCUAAAGACCAGGCAAAACUAAUGUGUGCUUCAGUUAUAGCAAAGUUACAGGCCAGUGGUGUUGCCAACAAUGUUGUGUUAUCUGUUGUUGAAAGUAUGGAGGAGUAUGUCAAUGAAGUCCAUGAAAAUCUUUAGGCACUGCACUUAGCACUUGUUCUUUGUGACAAUCCCAGUAGAAGUGCAGUGGAACAUGUUUUCAGCAAUACUUUCAAUCCGUUCAGUGACUUAAACACAAACUCUAAAUGGACAAAGUAUUUCAGUGAGAAAUGGGGUAUUGUGGAACCUGUAGAAGUUCACUUGGGCACCAGAUUUGAUUCAAAGAGAAACAAAGAAUCUAGUUUAUAUGAGCAAGUUCCUGUAAAUGACACUUUCAUUUAUAUACCUAUCUUAAAAACAUUGGAAUUCAUUUUUAGGAAUGAAGAAGUGUGUUGUCAAAUUAAUAAAUCUCACUCUAUGAAUCCCAGCCUGUACCAAGAUUUCAGUGAUGGAAAAUACUACAAACAUCAUCCAUUAUUUUCAAAAUACAAAAAUGCAUUGCAAAUUCAAGUUUAUUAUGACAACUUUGAAACCGCAAAUCCACUCCGCUCAAAACAAGGUAUCCAUAAGCUUGGAUGUUUGUAUUUUACACUACGCAAUUUACCACCACGUUUAAAUUCAUCUCUGAUGAAUAUCCAUCUCAUAUCUUUGUUUCAUUCCCAGGAUGCAAAAAAUAUGGAAUUGACAAAAUACUUACACCAUUUGUAGAAGAUGUAAAUAGGAAUGAAAGUGCCAUUUACAGAGCAACCUCUCUAUGGAACCAUUGCACAAAUAACAGGUGACAAUUUGGGUUUGAACUCAAUUCUGGAAUCUUUCACUGCAAACUACUACUGUAGAAUGUGUCUUAUUGACAAAGUCUCUGCUCAGACUGUCUUUAAUGAACAUGAUCCACGAGUGAUAUUACGCACCAGGUAAACCAAUGAAGAGCACUACAGUCAUCUUGACUGAGAAUCCAAAGGAAAAUUCUUGCUUUGGUAUCAAACGCAAUAGCAUACUAAAUUCACUGUCAUACUUCAGUGUGUCUGAAAACUUUGUAUUUGAUAUCAUGCACGAUAUCUUAGAAGGUGUAGCGCAGUAUGAAAUGAAGUUGUUGUUUGAAUAUUUGAAUAAGAAUUUCAUUUCUCAGUAACAAAUUCUCCAGCGUGUAUACGCAUUCAACUAUGGCUUCAUGGACAAAAAAAAAAAAAUCGCCCAUCACGCAUAAAUAUGCUUUGUACUGGUGGUAUUGGACUUAAUGCCAGUCAAACAUUAUGCCUUAUUCGGAACCUCCCACUAAUCUUGGGUGAUGCUGUCCCAGAAAGUGACAGACAUUGGCAUUUACUGUUACUUUUGUUGCAUAUUAUUAACAUUGUUUUUUUCCCCAUGUAUCACAGAGGGAAUGACUGUAUUUUUAAAACAUCUUAUUGAAGAGCAUCACAGACUAUUUACAGAAUUGUAUCCUCAAAAUAAUUUGAUCCCCAAACAUCAUUUUAUGAUUCAUUACCCUGAGUGUGUGCGCAAAAUUGGCCCAUUAAUUCAUGUUUGGUGUAUGAGGUAUGAGGCCAAACACAGAUUUUUUAAGUCCAGUAUAAAAAACUUCAAGAACAUAACAAAGUCCCUUGCAAAAAAAACACCAAAUAGCUGUUGAAUAUCAUUGGGAGUCAUUGUCUACUAAAGGGAUUAAGUCUGGGCCUGCCAAAAGAAAAAAGCUGACUGAUGUUGAAAAUGGUGACUUGAUUUCAGAACAUUUAGAAAUUAGUAUGACUAGUGAAGUAAGUGUCACAGCUUGGGUUAAACAUAAUGAAAUUGAGUAUCACACAGGUCUUGUUGUUUGCACAGAUGUUGUUCAUGAAAUGCCAGUAUUCAAUAAGAUUGUUUCCAUCUUUCUUAGAAAUGAAGUUUAUUUUUUGGUAUCAGAAAUGGAGACUACAUUUGUAGAACAUUUUCAUGCAUUUAAUGUUGUUGACAAUAUGCAUAACCUUUCAAUUGUUACACCUUGUAACUUAAGAUAUUUUAAACCCUUUGAUGUCCAAAUGUCUUAUGGCACAGACUCAUUUUUCUAUGUUGUACCAGACAGCUGCAUUGUCUAAGCAGCAAUUUUAAACUUCAACAUGUUUUGAGCAGUUUCGUAUUGUUGUAAAUGUGUUUUA